AUGGAGAGGAGCCCUUCCCUGGCCGUGCAACUAGCCGCAGUCGACCUCUCCAACGACAGUCAGUUCGAUCAGAUGGAUUGCCUUCUCGUCGGGGGAUUCGCGGAGUUCGGAGAGGAGGAUCUGUGCUCCUCCGUGGUGGAGCAGGUGCUAGGUUUCUACUCCGAUGGAGGUCCUGGCCUCGUGGAAGCAGAUGCCGAGGAGGAUGACUCCUCUGGAACGACGGGUGAGAGGUUGAGGCCGGGAAGAGACCGGGCCAGGACCUUGGUCUCGGAGAGGAGGCGAAGGGGACGGAUGAAGGAAAAGCUCUAUGAGCUGCGCUCCUUGGUUCCCAACAUUACCAAGGUCUCUCUCUCUCUCUCUCUCUCUCCCCUCUACCUCGUUCCUCCUCCCCGUUUCUCUUUCCCUCUAUCUCUCCUUCUUUCUCCAUUAUUCUCUCUCUUUCCUUCCCGUUACCUCUCCUCUACCUCGUUGCUCUUCCCCUUUUCUCUCUUCUUCUAUUCUCCUUUCUCCAUCCUUCAUACUCUCCCCGCCCCGCUCUCCCCCUCUGCACUUUCUCUCUACGUCUCUCUCCUCGCCUGUUUCCUCCUCUACUUCUCUUUUCCUCCCUCUUUCCCCCCCCUCUUCCCCUCUCUUGGAUUGCUCUGACAAUAGUGUUUUUCUGAAUAUGGUGGUUAUUUGUCCGGAUAAUAAACACGCUUUCUCCCAUAUCGCCUUAUCCCGUUUUUACUAUUCACGCGUCUGAGUUUAAGGUUGUCCAUACCCACAGAGAUGAGAUGGCGUUUAGUCCUCUCAUAGUUGGAACCCUAAGUUGGAAAACAAAGAGCCAAUUUUGCCAAGUUUCUUCAUCCAAAACCUUAGCAUAAAUCUAGUCUAUCAUUAGGGUUUUCUCUUAGGUUAUAAGUUUAUAUCAAUUCACUAAAUGAUAGAACCUCUGAAUAAUGGGGCUGUUCUUCUGGGAGGUCUUGGUUAGCAAUCUCUCGAUUUCGUAUUAGAUCUGUUUGAACCAGUUCUUGCCAAGAAAAAAGAGAUCGUAGUCAUAAAUCUUGGCCUACAUAUGCGGUUCGCUUGGGGCACCCUAAUAAAAAAUUUAGAAGAGAACCUUAUAUUGGUUGGAGGUUAAAACCUGGCAGAGUAGGUAAAGCGAUUUAUUCGACUUAGUUUAUCUGGUAGCUAAUAUUUCUAAUGAGUAUUUUCGUAUAGAAUUUUUGAUGAAAGUAGUAGGAGUUAUUGGGUCAUGGCAAGCUGAUAGAAACUAGGCAAUAGACUACAAUUAUUCUUAGGUUAUAUCAAACUCGCUUGAUCUAGCUGACAAUUGGGUGUCCUCAUCUUCUUAGUCUUCUAUCUGAUUUGGUAUUACAGAUGGACAAGGCAUCCAUCAUCGGAGACGCCAUCAUGUACGUGAGGGAUUUGCAGAGGCAGGUCAAGACCCUGGCGGAGGAGAUCGCCAGCCUGGAAACCUCCGCCAAAACCGAGGACGUGUGUAGCUUCCCUUUUCAGCGCCACGAACCUGGUAGACCGGGCUCCGUGGAUCCUCUUUCCAAGGGGGAUAUUCUCGAGUUAUCGGCGUGUGAACUGGGCGAUAAGAGGUUCCACCUGAGACUGGUGUGUCACAAGGGAGAAGGAACGGCGACGGCCUUGUAUAGAGCCACGGAGAGGUUGACCUUUCUCCACCCGGAGAGCUCCACCUUCUCAACCAUCUCUGGGACGCACGAGGUGACCCUCACUAUGAAGGUUGCAGUAGAAAGCCACAAGCUCCUGGUUCUCACAGAUGGCCUGCUUCGGUGCUCUAUCUCAUCUCUUCGCUUGGGUUCUCAGGUCGGAGGGUGCGCUGGGGAGAUGGACGCGGCGGCGUUGAAGCUGUGGGUGAUGACGGCGCUUCUAGAUGAGGGCUUCGGUUUCCACAUGGCGGCGACUUUGUGA